AUGGAGAAGGACGACCACCCACUGUCACCCGCGGUCACCCGCCAGCUGCAACGGCAGAUUGAGAUUCAAGACGUCAAAGCCAAUAUCGGCACCUUACUUCGAUAUGCGACAACUUACGACUAUGUAGUGCUUUCCAUCUCAGCCGUGGCUGCUAUCGCAGGCGGCGCAGCGCUCCCGGUCAUGUCCAUUGCAUUUGGAAGGUUGGCAGGAGUUCUCAAUGACGCGUACAGCGGUGUCUUGGAUCAACAUGACCUGAAUGACAAAACUGUGAAUACUGUUCUGUAUUUGAUAUACCUGGCCAUCGGUGAAUUCUUCACUGUAGCUCUGUCAACGGCCGGUUUCAUGCAUUUCGGCGAGCGAAUUAGCUGCGGCAUCCGGGAGCAAUUCGUGAAGGCUUGUUUGAGACAAAACAUCGGCUUCUACGAUACGAUCCAGACCGGGGAGUUGACGACCCGCAUUACGGCCGAUACGAAUUUACUGCAAGAUGGCAUCUCAGAAAAGCUGGGUCUCGCAUUUGCUGCGCUAGCAACCUUUGUGAGCGCCCUGGUGGUUUGCUUUGCAAAUCACUGGAAGUUGACACUUAUGCUCUGCUCCAUGGCUGUUAGUAUUAUCAUGACGAUGGCAAUCGGUUCUCAUUUAGUCACCAAAUGGGGGACAGAGUCAUACGGCUUGUACGCCGAAGGAGACAGCCUUGCAAACGAAGUCCUUGGUUCUGUGAGAAUCGCCAUGGCCUUCGGGAGCCAGGAGAAGCUAGCUCAACUUUACGAUGGACGUCUAGCCAAGGCCGAGAAGCCUGGAUUUCGCAUGCAAGCAACCUUUGGCAUUAUGCUUGGCGUCACAUUUCUCAUCAUGUAUCUUGGAUACGCGAUUUCCUUCUGGCAAGGCGCCCGGUUUCUCGGUGCGGGCGACAUCCGCCUGGCUUCCGUUGUUACUAUCCUGCUCGCCAUCAUGACUGGCACAUUCUCGGUGGGAAACAUGUCAAGCAACUUUCAAGCUUUGAUCAAGAGCCUGUCUGUGGCCGCGAAAAUAUUCGCCGUCAUCGACAGACAAUCGCCGAUCGACCCGACAUCCGGAUCUGGGUCAACAUUGCCUGCCGUUCGUGGCGAGAUCCGAUUCGAAAAUGUGAAAAUGAUCUACCCUUCGCGGCCAGGAGUCACUGUCAUGAAGGAUCUAAGCCUCACUAUUCCGGCCGGCCAAUCCACUGCCAUCGUUGGAGCAAGCGGAUCCAGCAAAUCUACCAUCAUUAGUCUCCUACACCGAUUUUACGAGCCAAUCGAUGGCAAAGUAUUACUAGAUGGGCACGAUAUAACCACAUUAGAUCCUCGGUGGAUCCGACGACAGAUGCCGCUCGUUGGCCAAGAAUCGAUGCUGUUCAAUACGUCUAUAUACAACAAUAUUGCAUACGGCUUUAUUGGGGCCGAUCUGGAGCAUUCUCCUCCUGAUGUAAAGAGAGAGGCUAUAGAGCAGGCUGCGAAACUAGCCAACGCUCACUAUUUCAUCUCCAACCUCCCGAAGUCUUACAGCACUGAAAUCGGCGAGUCUGGCGGUUUGCUCUCUGGUGGUCAGAAACAGCGUAUAGCCAUUGCCCGUGCGAUCGUUUCAAACCCGAAGAUUCUGCUUCUAGACGAGGCCACAUCGGCUUUAGACUCGAAAUCAGAAAAAGUCGUACAAGCAGCGCUUGACAGCGCUUCUGGCUCUAGGACUACCGUUAUCAUUGCACACCGUCUCUCUACCGUCAAGAAGGCGGAUAAAAUCAUCGUUCUCAGCAACGGCGCUGUGGUGGAAGAAGGUACACAUACCGAGUUGCUCGAAAAAGGUGGUGUGUACUCCACUCUCAUCUCGAAACAGCAGAUCAAUGAGAAGAAGAGCGCUAUAGAGGAAGCUACAGACGCUGCCACAAGCGAAACAGUAUCACGGCAAGAGAAGACGGAAAUGCAAAGCUUCGAACAUUCCGUAAAACUUUAUCCAGAUGGAGGAACCGAUGAAGAAGCUGGUGAAAUUUCCCAGCCAAGCGAAAACAGCAAACAACAUGUUACGACGUGGACACUCAUACGCACAGUUGCACGACUCAACUUACCAGAACAACAUUGGAUGGUACUCGGGUUAUUCUGCUCCAUUAUAUGCGGCGCUGGAAUUCCUGUGUCAGCAGUCUUUCUGGCGAAGCUGAUUGUAGCCAUGACUCAGUUCAAUGUCACGCAAGAUCGAGCGCGUCUGACAAGCGACACAAGCUUUUGGAGCAUCAUGUACAUAGUUUUGGCGGCUGGCCAAUUACUAUCAUUUUCGAUUGAAGGUGUCGCCUUUGCCUAUUGCGGCGAGCGACUCGUACGUCGCGCACGAAUGGAGCAAUUUCGCCAUAUGCUUCGGCAAGAUGCAUCGUACUUUGACAAGAUGACCACCGCGGAGCUCACUGCAACCAUAGCUGGCAACGCAUCAAACAUUGCCGGACUCAGUGGAACCACACUUGGCAGCCUGCUCAACGUGGUGACGACCCUCCUUGGGUCUCUUAUUCUCUCCAUUGCAAUUGGAUGGAAGCUGGCUUUAGUAACGGCGUCUUCCAUACCGAUUCUUAUCGUAUGUGGCUAUCUUCGAUUUGGCAUUCUCUCCAAGUAUCAAGUUCACACCAAAAAAUGCCACAUUGAAUCAGCAACUGGCGUGUGUGAAGCCAUCGCGAUGAUCCGGACCACGGCUUCGUUCGGGCUCGAACACCAUGUCGCACAAAGUUAUUCUGCUGCGCUUGGCAAGCAGCGUCGACUUAAUAUCCUACCUGUUAUCAAGGCAUCCAUUCUAUAUGCGGUGUCGCAAUCGCUUGUCUUUCUUUGCAUGGCCCUCGGCUUCUGGUACGGAGGCACGCUAGUCAUUGCGAAAGAAUACACGGUUCUGCAGUUUUAUAUCUGCUUCGCCGCAAUCAUAUUCGGAGCACAGUCUGCAGGUACUGUGUUUUCUUAUGCUCCUGAUAUGGGCAAGGCUCGCCAAGCUGCUCUCGAAGUCCACACUCUGUUCUCUCGCCAGCCGUCAAUAGAUACUUGGUCGUGUACCGGCGAACAGCUGGAAUCGAUGCAAGGCAACGUUGAAUUCCGUAACUGCCGGUUCCACUACCCCAUGCGCCCAGAAACCGAGGUACUCCAGGGAGUUAACGUCACGAUUGAGCCGGGUCAGUUCGUUGCGUUUGUCGGUUCCUCAGGCGGAGGAAAGUCAACACUGCUCUCCCUUCUGCAGCGUUUCUACGAUCCAACGCAUGGUAGUGUUCUUGUUGACGGAUUUGACACACGGUCCCUUAAUUUGAACAACUACCGGACAUUUUUGUCGCUGGUGGCGCAGGAGCCCGCUCUCUAUGAAGGCACGAUUCGCGACAACAUAAGUCUUGGCGCUCUGCACGAUAUUACUGAUGAAGAGAUAGAAGCAGCCUGCAAAGAUGCAAAUAUCCAUGAAUUUAUAAUGUCUUUACCAAACGGCAUUUCAACUAUGGUUGGCAGCAAAGGCGCACUACUCUCCGGAGGGCAGAAGCAGCGUAUAGCUAUUGCAAGAGCCUUGGUUCGCCAACCACAAAUCUUGAUUUUGGAUGAGCCAACAAGUGCAUUGGACUCGAACUCGGAAGCUGAGAUCCAAACCGCCAUCAGCAAAGCAGCUAAAGGGCGCACGACUGUAGUGGUGGCUCACAGGCUUUGCACUGUGCAAAAUGCCGACAUGAUCUACGUGCUGAAGCAAGGCCGCGUCGUUGAACAGGGUACACAUGCACAACUAAUGAUGGAAAAAGGAUUAUAUUAUGAGAUGGCAGAGCUUCAGCAGCUAGACACGGAGAUUUAG